UUCACAGGAACACUGAAUGUUCCGGGUAAGGUGUGGCUGCAGUGCCCUUAACUGAGGUACAGGGAGCUGAAAGUGCAGGUCUGACUGUGGGGGCCUGAAGUUGCAGUGGGACGCUCCUGACUCCAGCUUCCUGCAGGUCGGACCCAUUGUCUACAGAGGACGUGACAUCACUCCCACCGGGCAGAGAGCGUAUGAGCUGAGAGCAGACAGAAACCUCAGAAAGACUCGUUGGAGUUUGGACCCUGCAGGGACUCCACGCUUCAGCAGCUCUCGGCCUGUUGUGCGCAAGAGAGAGAGGAGUUUCGAUAGUUGUCGAGCAAGAUGUCUGAGAAGCCUCAGCCGAGAGAUGAACAGGAAGCUGCUGUUUACUUCUCUAAUCCUCUAAUGAGUGACGUUGAGGCCGACUGGUCACCGAUACACGACGCUGCUUUCAACGGGAGACUUCUGGCUUUGCGCAAGCUGAUCAACCAGGGUGUGGCAGUGAAUUUGACCACUCUGGAUGGAGUGACCCCUCUCCAUGCAGCCUGCCAGCAAGGACAUACCACAUGUGCCCAGCUGCUGAUUGAACACGGAGCCAACGUGAACGCCACCACAGUCAGCAGCAGCACUCCUCUCUCCGUGGCCUCAAGCAGAGGCCAUGAGACCUGCGUGAACCUGUUACUCCAGAAUGGAGCUCCACCUCAGGGCUGAUUAUACGUUCCAGAGCAACGUUAAUCACAAACAGCAUUGGCUUAUCUGGGACACCUGACAGAUUUCUGCAGCUAAGGGGAGAGAAAUGAAACUCCUGUCUAAUGACGCACAGGCUGUUCACUGUUUCAUAUUAAUUACUUCGUCCUGUAUAUUAUAGGUUGAUGGCACUUUAGCUGGUUUUCAGGAGCUUCUUUCCAAUUUUCUCUGAACUUUACUUCAGUACAAUCAAAUGGAGCUUUUUCUACGGUUGUUGUGUUUUGCGUAUUGUUUCGGUGUUAUAAGAUCUACACGUUAGGUGUUUUAUCUGCUAACACAUGAGUGGGAAUUUGUAAGCUAUUCAUUCAUUAAAAGAGAAAAUUCUUGAUCAUGUGAAACCCAAUUUUCUGAUUUCUAAAUGAAUGAUAUUAAAGUCAAAGUGAACUUUUUCAUUCAA